AUGCCGCUCGUCAUUCUAACGGGUUACCCGUGCUCCGGCCUCACUUACCGUGCCAACCAGCUCGCAUCGCUGCUCGAGAAACACCAAGAUGAAUUAUUCGCGGCCUCCGAAGCAGGCACGCCAGUGUCAUUGAAGUCUCGAUACAAGGUCCACGUUGUCGCUUCUCACGAUUCUUCACACCCGCGCAUUGUAUACGAUCAUGCCCGCACAGAGAAGGAAGCGCGUGGUGUAGCUUAUGCGAGAGCCAAGCGCGUUCUCAAGCGGGACAGCAUUGUGAUCCUCGACGGAAUGAACUACAUCAAGGGAUGGAGGUACCAGCUGUGGUGUGAAGCAAAAGCUGCGCAAACAACCUGCUGUGUGGUUCAUGUCGGAACACCCGUCGACCGAUGCGUCGCAAUCAACGACGCCCGACUGCGCCGACAAGCUAUAGAGAACCAAGAUCGAAGCGCACCAGACGCGCAAACUCCCGAAACCAGCGAGACUCCGGCACCAGCAACCGACUCAGAAUCCGCCGCAGACAACGAAGAGCCAUACCCAGCCGACCUACUCAACAACCUCAUCUUCCGCUACGAAGAACCCAGCACCCACAGCCGCUGGGACAAGCCCCUCUUCACAGUCCCGUGGGAUGACCCGCAACCUCCAGUGGCAGACAUCUUCCAAGCCCUAACAGGCGUGGUCCUCCCAGCCACGGAAACCGAAGCCACAGCCCCAAUCCCAAGCCUAACGGACUCCCUGGCAAACACCACCAUCUCCGACACAGCCAGCAUAGCGACCGGCACACGAACCAUCGGUGGCAGUCGUGGCGGCGUCUCAACUCGGCCUAAGAUCGUCCCCCACCAAGCAACCGUGCAAGCAGUAGCCACAGACUCGAAUGCGAUGUACGCAAUGGAAAAGAAGACAUCAGCCGUCGUAUCUGCAAUCCGUACAUUCACCCAAGCAACUCCAUCCGCCGAAGUCGCUCUAGCGCAGAGUGCGCAGGCUGACGGAAUCCCAAUUGAGGUUCCGGGGUCAACGGUACCAGUCUUUAUUCCAGCGCAUGUUGCUAUGUCCGGUACGACGGAUGAACUCGCAGGCGCGGGUGGUAUUUUGGCUUUGCCGAAGCUGCAGAGAUUGCGGAGGCAGUGGAUUAGUUUGAACAGAGCUUAUAUUGGUCGUGGACAUGGUGCUGGUGGGCCUGGGGCUUUGACGACUGAUCAGGUUGGGGAUGCAUUUGUGCGGUUCCUUAAUGCUGAGUUUGGGGGUGGGGAGACUGCGGACGAUGAGGAUUAG